CUUGGGGGCUGCUGGUCCCGAGUACCAUGUGUGACGGCGCCCUGCUGCCCCCUCUCGUCCUGUCCUUGCUGCUGCUGGUGUGGGGGCUGGACCCGGGCACAGCUGUCGGCGACGCGGCGGCCGACGUGGAGGUGGUGCUCCCUAGGCGACUGCGCCCCGACGACGUGCACCUGCAGCUGCUACCGGGAGUAGCGGGGCUCCGGCAGUGGAGGCGACAGCGAGCAUCUCUAGGUGGCCCUCGCGCCGGGCCAGGAGAGCGCGCCCUGCUGCUGCACCUGCCGGCCUUUGGGCGAGACCUGUACCUGCAGCUGCGCCGCGACCUGCGCUUCCUGUCCCCGGGCUUCGAGGUGGAGGAGGCUGGUGCCGCGGGGAGCAGCGGACACCCUGCCGAGCUGUGCUACUACUCCGGACGAGUCCUGGGCCACCCGGGCUCCCUCGUCUCCCUCAGCGCCUGCGGCGCCUCCGGCGGCCUGGUUGGCCUCAUCCAGCUCGAGCAGGAGCAGCUGUUCAUCCAGCCCCUCAACAACUCGGGAGGCCCAUUCAGUGGAAGGGAGCACCUGAUCAGGCGCAAAUGGUCCUCUGCCCCCAACCCGUCUCCCGAAGUCGAGGAACCCAGGCAGCCCUGCAAAGUUGUGACAGAAAAGAAGCCCAGGAAGGACAAGCCGUCACGGGACUGGAGGGAGCGGAGGAAUGCCAUCAGGCUCACCAAUGAGCACACGGUGGAGACCCUGGUGGUGGCUGAUGCCAACAUGGUGCAGUACCACGGGGCAGAGGCUGCGCAGAGGUUCAUCCUCACUGUCAUGAACAUGGUGUACAACAUGUUUCAGCACCAGAGCCUUGGGAUUAAAAUUAACAUUCAAGUCACCAAGCUGGUCCUUCUGCGACAACGCCCGGCCAAGUUAUCCAUCGGGCACCAUGGUGAGCGGUCUUUGGAGAGCUUCUGUCACUGGCAGAAUGAGGAGUAUGGGGGUGCCCGGUACCUCGGCAAUAACCAGGUACCAGGAGGGAAGGAUGACGCGCCUCCUGUGGAUGCUGCUGUGUUUGUGACCAGGACAGAUUUCUGCGUUCACAAAGAUGAGCCGUGUGACACUGUUGGAAUUGCUUACUUAGGAGGCGUGUGCAGCGCUAAGAGGAAAUGUGUGCUUGCCGAAGACAAUGGUCUCAAUCUGGCCUUUACCAUCGCCCACGAGCUGGGCCACAACCUGGGAAUGAACCACGACGACGACCACUCGUCCUGUGCUGGCCGGUCGCACAUCAUGUCGGGAGAGUGGGUGAAGGGGCGAAACCCUAGCGAUCUCUCUUGGUCGUCCUGUAGUCGAGAUGACCUGGAGAACUUUCUCAAAUCCAAAGUCAGUACCUGUUUACUGAUCACGGACCCCAGGAGUCAGCACGCACUGCGCCUUCCACACAAGCUGCCCGGCAUGCACUACAGCGCCAAUGAGCAGUGCCAGAUUCUGUUUGGCACCAAUGCUACCUUCUGCAGAAACAUGGAGCAUCUGAUGUGUGCUGGGCUGUGGUGCCUGGUAGAGGGAGAUACAUCCUGCAAGACCAAGCUGGACCCUCCUCUGGAUGGCACCGAGUGUGGGGCGGACAAGUGGUGUCGGGCUGGGGAGUGCGUGAGCAAGACGCCCAUCCCUGAACAUGUGGACGGGGACUGGAGCCCGUGGGGCACCUGGAGCAUGUGCAGCAGAACGUGUGGAACGGGAGCGCGAUUCCGCCAGAGGAAAUGUGACAACCCUCCCCCUGGGCCUGGAGGCACACACUGCCAGGGUGCCAGCGUAGAACAUGCCUCCUGUGAGAACCUGCCCUGCCCCAAGGGUGUGCCCAGCUUCCGGGACCAGCAGUGCCAAGCCCAUGACCGACUGAGCAGCAAGAAGAGGGGCCUGCUGACAGCAGUGGUGGUCGAUGAUAAGCCGUGUGAACUCUACUGCUCGCCUCUCGGGAAGGAGUCCCCACUGCUGGUAGCUGACAGGGUCCUGGAUGGCACGCCCUGUGGACCCUACGAGACUGACCUCUGCGUGUACGGCAGAUGCCAGAAAAUUGGCUGUGAUGGCAUCAUCGGGUCUGCAGCCAAAGAAGACAGGUGUGGUGUCUGCAGCGGGGAUGGCAAGACCUGUCGUGUGGUGAAGGGUGACUUCAGCCACUCCCGGGGGACAGGUUAUAUUGAAGCUGCUGUCAUUCCGGCCGGAGCUCGGAGGAUCCGCGUGGUAGAAGACAAACCUGCUCACAGUUUCCUGGCUCUCAAAGACUCCAGUAAGAGAUCCAUCAACAGCGACUGGAAGAUAGAGCUCCCAGGAGAGUUCCAGAUUGCAGGUACGACCGUUCGCUAUGUGAGAAGAGGCCUAUGGGAGAAGUUUUCAGCCAAGGGACCCACCACAGUGCCACUGCAUCUGAUGGUGCUGCUCUUUCACGACCAGAAUUAUGGAAUUCAUUACGAAUACACCAUACCUGUAAACCAGAGCACUGAAAAUCAGAGUGAGCCCGCCAAGCCACAGGACGCUCUGUUUCUCUGGACGCACAGUGGUUGGGAAGGGUGCAGCGUGCAGUGCGGAGGAGGAGAACGCAGGACCAUCGUAUCAUGCACACGGAUUGUUAACAAGACCACGACCCUGGUGAAUGACAGUGACUGCCCCCAAGCAAGCCGCCCUGAGCCCCAGGUCCGAAGGUGCAACUCUCAUCCUUGCCAGUCCCGGUGGGUGGCCGGUCAAUGGAGCCCCUGCUCAGCAACCUGUGAGAAGGGUGUCCAACAUCGGGAGGUGACUUGCGUAUACCAGCUACAGAACGGGACACAUGUCACUACUCGGCCCCUCUACUGCUCAGAACCCCGGCCGACCCCAGUACAGAGCUGUGAAGGCCAGGACUGCCUGUCCAUCUGGGAGGCAUCAGAGUGGUCAGAGUGCUCUGCCAACUGUGGCAAAGGGACCCAGAAGCGAACUGUGACCUGCACCAACUCUCAAGGGAAAUGUGACGCGUCCACAAGGCCGAAAGCAGAGGAGGCGUGUGAGGACUACUCCAGCUGCUAUGAGUGGAAAACCGGGGGCUGGUCUAAGUGCUCAUCCACCUGCGGGAAAGGGCUCCAGUCCCGUGUGGUACAGUGCAUGCACAAGGUGACUGGACGCCAUGGCAGUGAGUGUCCCACUCUGUCCAAGCCAGCAGCCUACAGGCAGUGCCACCAGGAGGUCUGCAAUGACAAGAUUAAUGUCAACACCAUCACCUCCCCUCGCCUUGCUGCUCUGACCUACAAAUGCACACGAGACCAAUGGACAGUGUACUGCCGGGUCAUCCGAGAGAAGAACCUCUGCCAGGACAUGCGGUGGUACCAGCGCUGCUGCCAGACCUGUAGGGACUUCUAUGCAAAUAAGAUACGCCAGCCGCCCUCUCCGCCAAGCUCAUGACAUACAGCACGGUGCUUGCCCAGUGCUCCGACUCAAGAUCUGAGGUCUGGCAGUUAGUGAGUGGAGAGCCCUCACCCCACCCAAAAGCACACCAGCCCUGCAGCCAGAACCCCCAAAGCACCGCUCUGCGCCUACAGUAAGGCUGCCUCGAGAAUACAGUUGCAUAGAGCUAGAGAGUGGACUUGACCUUGCCAUUCGUCCUGAACGUAAUAUACUGUUAACGGCCACUGGAUGGCUUCCCAAGGAUAAACUACACAAGAGUCACAAAAGAAUUUUAACUUCCAAGAUCUUAUGUACCUCAAAGGGGCUCAUCUGGCACAUAAUUAUUGAGAAGAGAGAGAGAGAGAGAGAGAGAGAGAGAGAGAGAGAGAGAGAGAGAGAUUAAGCAAGAGUGUUUAGCCAUUGACAUUUGAAUUCCUCCGACUUGAAGUCGCUUUGUGGAAAUAUCCUAGAAAUGAGAUAUCACAUUGGAAGAGGCUCUGUCCUAAAGGCCAGCAAUGCCCUGGUUGACCAGCCUGAGCUAUGGCUUCUCCGGGAGAGGGCUCUGCUGCCUGAGUCCAAGGAUCAAGACUUGGCCUCUGCCCACCUCAAAAACAUGGUCUCAAAAUCCUGAGCCUUGCCUUAGAAACCUUGCCCCUGAGAGUUUAAAAUCUGAGUAGACCAACAAGAAUACCAGUGCCAUGUAACUCUGCACCCCACUUGUGUGGGGGGCAUCCCCGAAGAGCUGGAUUUGGGGAGCCAUCUACUUUUCAGAGCUCAGAGGUGUACCCCACAGGGAAAGAGGGGGAAACCUUUCCUUAAGGUGCUAAUGGGACAGGCGCACAUGGUACACAGGGUACCUGUGUACCUGACGUAAAGGUGCCCUCAGCUCCCUCGGGGGUGUGCCAGCUCCUACUCUGCCUCCAGGUGUAUCCACUCUGGCCAGCACUCAAUAAGGCUUUGCACAUUAAAAACACUCUCCAUCUUGGCCAAGUAGCUUUCCAUCGGCCUUUCUUCUGGAGUUAGGAUGCCGUUCAGGACAUCUGAGGACACGCAUCAGUCAGUCCUGGGUUCUGCAGCAUAAGGGUUGAACUUCAGUAUCUGGGCGCAAGGAAGGUGUGCCGGGACUUGUGGAGGAACACCACCUGGCUGAAAUUGCUGCCCGUCCAUCAAGUCCUCUAACCCAGACCUCACGCCUGGUACCUUCUUCGCGGCUCACAGCUGUCUUCACUGACCCAUUCCGAUGUGACCUGAAUGGAUGGAGAAGGUCCUCUCUUCUCUCCCCAUGCCUUCACUCCCACCACAGAACUUUCCUAUCUCCAGGAGCUCAGAGAAGUGACCAGACUGAGCUCUCCGAGAGCAGACCAGCUGCCAGUCUCCCGGCUACUGUGGCUGGCUAGCCUUGCUUCACAUCUUGGUUGGGUUUCGUGGGUGCUUAUGUUUGGAACUACCUUGAGGCCCAUCUUCUCCUGGUGUCUGAUAGAAGCUCUUGGGCCGGUUUCCAUGCAAUCAUCUCUAAGUGCUUUUUGAUUUAUUGGUGCUGUUUCUA